UCAUAUAAUUGCCGCUUGAUGAGAAACCAAAUCAUUUGCUGUUAGACCGGACAGAGGCUUGUACAAGCGCCGAUAAUUCUGUGCUCGCCGAUCGUCACCAUGGCAGCGAAACUGAUACCGCUGGCUCUUUUGAUCGUAGUCCAUUAUACGCAUGCGCUCGAAUGGGAGGCGCUUGGCUGCUACAAGGACUCGUGGUCACGUACUAUGCCUCAUUACUUCAAAUCAGUCGAAAAUGGUGCCAACUUCCAGGAGACGUUUGAACAGUGCCGCGUGGAGGCUGAGAAACAUGGCUAUGACUACUUCGGAAUACAGAACCUGAUAGAGUGUUGGGGUUCACCCGACGGCAGAAGCACCUAUGAUAAUCAAGGGUGCAGCGUCAACUGCACUCGCGACAGCGAAGGCAAAUAUGGCGUGGGCGAGCAUUGGGCCAACUUCAUUUACCGAAAAAAGCAAGACUGGACAGAUUGCAGCGCUAAGGAGUGUGGUGACGGCGUCCAAUACAAACUGGUACUAACUCAAGACAGGAGAAAUACAAACUGCUUUGAAUACAACGUUUUGGUUGAACGAAGCGAAGAAACAAGAAAAUGCAGUGCCGAAAAACCAUGCGAAGUCAACGGCGGCUGGAGUGAUUACUCGUCCUGGUCUUCGUGUACCAAGACAUGCGGGGGCGGAACUCAGACACGAACUCGCACGUGUACCAACCCCAAACCCGCACAUGGCGGCAAGGAAUGCGUGGGAGACGCCAAGGAGACGCGACACUGUAGCGAGGCUGCAUGCGCAGUGAACGGCGGCUGGAGUGACUACUCUUCCUGGACUUCGUGUACCAAGACAUGCGGGGGCGGAACUCAGACACGAACUCGCACGUGUACCAACCCCAAACCCGCACAUGGCGGCAAGGAAUGCGUGGGAGACGCCAAAGAGACGCGACACUGUAGCGAGGCUGCAUGCGCAGUCAACGGCGGCUGGAGUGACUACUCUUCCUGGUCCUCGUGUACCAAGACAUGCGGGGGCGGAACUCAGACACGAACUCGCACGUGUACCAACCCCAAACCCGCACAUGGCGGCAAGAAAUGCGUGGGAGACGCCAAGGAGACGCGACACUGUAGCGAGGCUGCAUGCGCAGUCAACGGCGGCUGGAGUGACUACUCUUCCUGGUCCUCGUGUACCAAGACAUGCGGGGGCGGAACUCAGACACGAACUCGCACGUGUACCAACCCCAAACCCGCACAUGGCGGCAAGAAAUGCGUGGGAGACGCCAAGGAGACGCGACACUGUAGCGAGGCUGCAUGCGCAGUGAAUGGCGGGUGGAGUGACUUCUCUAAAUGGACCAAAUGCAGCAAGACAUGCGGUGGCGGGAAACAAGAGCGAACACGCACGUGUACUAGCCCCGCCCCUUCCCAUAACGGCAAGAAAUGCGCGGGAGACGCUAGGGAGGAGAGGGAGUGUAACACCGACAAAUGUCCGCCCAAGCCUUGCACUGCGGAUGAUAUCGUGAACAAGGUGGUCGAGGCGUUAUCUGGAGACAAGGUCACCAUCAACAACAGACUGCUCGCAGCUGUUGUUCAGGUCGUAAAGGCAAUGGACGAUACUCUGCCAAAAGAAGCGAGCAAGAAGGAGCUGAUGGCGCGUCUGGUUGCCGCCAUGGGGCACGAUGGACGCAACUACGCGAUGCGCAUGAUGGGAUACCUACUCAAGAUACAAGGAAACUGCCGAGCAGACAAGAUCAUAAGCGACAUAAAGAAGAACCUCGGAGAAGAAAAAUUCAAAGAUUUCCUUGCUGUAAAUGGAGAUGUGUCACUCAUCUUCACACUCGACACGACCGGUAGCAUGAGGAAGGAGAUCGUUGCGGCCAAAGAUAUCAUUCGGGCUAUUGCUGGCUACGAACGCAAAGGGAAGGUUGACUUCAUCUUGUCUCUGUUUAAUGACCCAGGAAGCGGUUAUAUCCAGAAGUCUGAUAAAAUAGCAGACUUCGAAAGCGAAAUCAACGCUGUUCGAACACUUGGUGGUGGGGACUGCCCAGAGCUCGCGUUCAAUGGCAUUGUUGAUGCAAUCUGGAAGGGCAACCCUCGGAUCAUGUCCCCCAUGUAUGUCUUCACUGAUGCUCCACCCAAAGCCAGGGGCGAGUACAAUCUUGACACGUCCAUCGGAGCAGCCCUUGACUACAUGAUCCCCGUCAACUUUUUCUUUAGUAAAGAAGGGUGUGGUAAUCCCGGCACGAACUCUGAUUACAAGACUAUCAUGGAAGACACGGCAGGCAGUGGCCUGUACUUUAACAGCUCAGCCGCAAUCAGCAACAUUGGUGCGAUUGUUAAUUCCGAUCUUGAUGGUUCGGUCGUGAUCACUGCUGGGAGCUCGGUUAAGAGGCGUCGGCGAGAUCUUGCGGAGAUUGUCCGACGUUCUUCUGUCUCUGUCAAGGCGUUUCCUGUCGAUGAAAGUGUUGAGAAACUGACCGUUUAUGUCGCGUCUUCGCGCCUAUCAAGCAAGGUGAGUCUUCGUGACCCGAGUAACAACCCUGUGGCGCCAACAAUGACAUUGUACGGAAGCUGCCUGUGGUUCGUUGACAGGCCCAAAGUCGGCGAGUGGAGAAUCAAGUUCCCUUCAAAGACCGAAGAUUUUUCCUACCAGGUGAAAGCCAGCUCCAUCGCCAAUAACCAAUUCCACGUGAAAUUCACCAAGCGCCUGUCGCGAAGGUCGAUUUUCUCCCUCGAGUAUCCACUCACAGGAGAGAAGGCCAUCGCCAAGAUCAUCAUCCCCCAAAAAUCUCGCAUCGACGAGUCCUCUCUCAAGCUAGAGAUCCUCCACUCCGGUGGUAAGAAGAAAUUAAAAAUGAAGGACUAUGAGACCACCUUCGACCCUCCUGCCUCUGCCUUCAAGUUCAUCCUUUCUGGACGUACCCACGACGGCAACGCAUUCCAAAGGCUUUCCCAUGAAUACACUGCUAGGGAAGCGGUGCUUUGUAGUGAGAUUGGACAGAACCUUCUGACGAUCCAGCGUGGAGGGAAAUCAAGUCACCAUUUCGCUCUCCACAAUAACGGUCCGACGCAAGAGUUCAAGCUCAAAGCCACUGUCAUAAACCCAACUGAAGGAGUGACGGUUGACGAGGCGUCUACUAUUCGUCCACUGAAGGUCGCUAAGAGAAAGUACAGCAAUGUAGCAGUGUCCCUCAAAGCUGACAAGUCCGUUGCCAAGGGAACCCCUGUCACCCUGUACAUCAGUGUAACCGCUGCACGAGUCAAGACAAGCAUUGUGUCUCAUCUGAUUGUCCUUUAGGCGUGUCUUGAGCUGCUAAAAUGCCUGAAACAUGUAUGACCCACUAGAAGAUAGAAACGGUACAAUAGAAGCCCGCUUACUCGAAUAAACAUUAAACCACCUCCCCGAGAACGCAUUAAGUAAGUCGAAUUAUUUAUACCCGUUGGCCUAGAAUUUGUGAUCAGUUCAAAUUCUAUUGAUGAAUUUGGAUGUUUUGGAUGUUUGCUUUUAAAUUGACUGAUUAACUUCUAUAUGGUAUCUGGCUAAAAACAAUGUACACACAAGGGGAUCCAUUUAAAACACAAUUACUUCAACAAUUUAAUACUUUCUUUUGUUUUUCAAUCCUUAAAAGUUCGAGUAAACGGGGUUUUAUUCUACAAGUAAGCAUUUGUUAUCGAUAUACAAAUGUAUGUCAUUUAUUAAUAGUAUUUAGAGGGCUAAUAAAACGGUGUAAAAUGUCAAA